AUGUGCGGGACAAACGAUCUGCCAAAUAAAGGUGGUGGAAGUGUCAACCAGCUAGGAGGGCUGUUUCUCAACGGCAGACCUCUCCCGGAAUCCAAGAGGAGGAAAAUGAUUGAACUGGCCUCGGAGGGAGUCCGUCCGAGCCAGAUCUCCAGGAUACUUCGGGUGUCCAACGGGUGCGUCAGUAAGAUCCUGAGCCGCUUCCACCGCACUGGCCUCCUGGAGCCCAAGACCAUUGGAGGGAGCCGACCUCGGCUUCUCACCCCCGGGGUCAUCUCUACAAUCAUCAAGUGCAAAAGGGAGAAUCCAACCAUUUUUGCUUGGGAAAUUCGAAAACGGCUUGCAGCAGCACGGAUAUGCAAAGCCUCCAAAGUGCCCAGCGUGUCGUCUAUAAAUCGGAUUUUAAGAAAGAUCCACUUGGACCACGGACCGACGUGCAUGGAGAUCAAUGCGCACUUCAGGACUGAGCAGGAUUUAGAUUCUCUGAUUCAAGAAGAAGUGCGUGAAAGAAAGAUGUUUGAAGCAGUGUGCAGCAACGACCAGAAGCCUAAAGGUGUCCAGCACCGAAACCGCACCACCUUCACCCCAGAGCAGAGUUCAGCACUGGAGCAAGAGUUCUCUCACAGCCACUAUGCAGAUAUGUACACCAGAGAGAAACUGUCAGCUCAGAUCAAACUUCCUGAGGACACCAUCAAGGUUUGGUUUUCAAACAGACGAGCUAAAUGGAGGAGGGAGGCCAAGCACAGGAGCGGCACACAGAACCUUCAAAAGCAAAGAGAUUUUGUUCCCGUGAAUCCAACAAUACCGCACAGCUUCACGUCUCAACAGGGGAUGAAGAAGGAUUUAGCAAAAACGCAAGCAGGAUUGUCAGGAGUCUACUGUGAAAACUCAAAUGCCUCCCCUCCAUACGACACAGUUUCCAGGAAGUUGCAAAAUGGCUACUUCUUCCCAACGGAAACAGGUAUGAGACAUUCUGAACAUUUGACAUCUAUCUCAGCCCCACCCUCAUUCCUCCAUCAGUCUAACACCACGGUGGCUCACACCAUGGCGGACAAGACUCCACUGGAUAUUCUCCACAGAGAUAGAUUCACUUUCCCAUCGGUCCACCAUCACACAGACACAAGGACAUCCCUCCCUUCUUCUACCGAGACAAUAAGAGCAGACCACCCUGUGACCCAGUGCUGGAACCCGCAGGGGAUUUCUUUGACCUGGAGCCAGCUUCAAACAGAUGAGAGGUUUCUAUUGGGGCAUCAGCCCUGGGAUGUGAACGCACAUCGCUACCUGGACUAA